UCCGGCCUCUCAGCCGCUGGUUUAUAACACCAGAGCCCAGAUGGAGCCAUACCCAGGGCAUGCAAAAACGCUCUCCCAUUGCCUCAGCAGCUUCCCUCUUCUUUGGCACAAUGACAUUUGUUUUGCAAAAGGAGCAUUGACCCCUGAGAUACUUUCUUGGAAAUUGGAUUGCAAAUGGAGAAUGUAAGGUGAAGUGGCCCCUUUGAUCUUACCUUGCCAAGGGACCGCGACCUUUACAUUCUCCUCAUCGUUUCUUGUGCAAUGCAGGAAUAUUUGCCAGUACCAUCUUUCCUCAUUGUCUCCUCUCUAGUCUGGGUGGAGCUCCUGCUGCAUCGGGGAAUUAUAAAAACCACCUGGCUGGAGGCUGGAGGGCACAGUGACCUGCCUAGCCAUGAGGUCUGGUGCUCUCGUCUUCCUCCUCGCAGGGCUCCUCUCUCUCUGUGCCGUGGUGUCCUCUGCCUCUGGCAAAGGGAAGCCAGGAUACUGCCCCCCGCCGGGCAAAUAUGGACUAUGUGUGGAGAAAUGUUCUGGAGAUGAUUCAUGUCUUGGGGACAAGAAGUGCUGCAGCAACGGCUGUGGCCACACUUGCCAAACUCCGCUAAAGGAGAAGCCAGGAUACUGCCCCCUGCCGGGCUAUGGACUAUGUGUGGAGGAAUGUUCUGGAGAUGAUUCAUGUCUUAAGGACAAGAAGUGCUGCAGCAACGGCUGUGGCCACACUUGCCAAUCUCCGCUAAAGGAAAGGCCUGGAAGCUGCCCUGCCUUUCCUGCAGUAGUGAAUCCACCUUGCCUAAAGGGAUGUCAUAACGAUGGUGGUUGUCCCUCUCCCAUGAAAUGCUGCGAAAGAAUGUGCUCCAUGGUCUGCAUUAAUCCAGAGAAGCCUGGACGAUGCCCAAGACAUACAGGUUCAGGAAUCUGCGUGGCAGAAUGUGACCAUGACUGGAACUGCCCCGGUGUUAAGAAGUGCUGCGGGAGUUGCCCACGAGGCUGCAUUGAUCCUGUCUAAGACCUUGGCUGGACCGGAUGCCCAGAAACAAUGAGUGCAGCUCAGCCUGUAUCAUCUGAAGACCUGCUGACCCCUCCAAAUAUGGCAAUCAAGGCACCAUGAUUGAAGACCUUGGGUUUCCACCAACUUGUCAGGUUUCUGGUGGUUGAGCAAAGUUUGCUCAUUCCAGCAUCCUCUUUCUCUUUCGCACAAUAAAGACAUUGAAUCAUUUUCAUUCUA